AUGGGUCUGGAGUCUGGAAUCCGCCAAAUCGUCUCGGAAAUGAAGUUCCAUCUGCUGCUGGUCUGCGUCGCCAUAUCCCUGGGCCCACUCCCCCAGUCGGAGGCAGGGGUGACGGAGGAGCAGAUGUGGUCCGCCGGAAAGCUGAUGCGCGACGUCUGCCUGCCCAAGUAUCCGAAGGUCAGCGUCGAGGUGGCCGACAACAUCCGCAACGGGAACAUACCCAAUAACAAGGACACCAACUGCUACAUCAAUUGCAUCCUGGAAAUGAUGCAGGCAAUCAAGAAGGGAAAGUUCCAGCUGGAGCCGACCCUCAAGCAGAUGGACAUCAUGCUGCCGGACAGCUACAAGGAUGAGUACCGCAAGGGCAUCCACCUGUGCAAGGACUCCACCGUGGGCCUGAAGAACGCCCCCAACUGCGAUCCCGCCCACGCCCUGCUCAGCUGCCUGAAGAACAACAUCAAGGUGUUCGUGUUUCCCUAGGCUUUCCGUCCGAGGCUACCAGAUGCGUCACACUUUGGCAUCCGGAACAGGUGACUCCGCAACAAAUCAAGUAGAUAUAUCUCUUGCCCGAAAUCCCAAACCCAAACCCACACCCAAACCCAAGCUCAAUCCCCUGACCAGAUGAUCAAUAAAAGCUAGCCGGAGGGCCCCGUAA